UAUUAUAUUGCAUUCAAUAUUUAUUAUAAGUUAGAUAAAUUAAAAAAAUAUUAAUAAAACUGUUUCCUUAUUGUUUUAUUCCUAUCAGUUAAGUAAUAUCGUGUAAAGUACAAACUCGAGAUACUUAUUGGUUCCGCCAUAUUUCGUCAACACCAAUAGGAAGGAUAACAACUCUGUUCAGAAUCUUACUAUAGGGACUCUAGUUUGUUCUGCAGAAUGCGCCUAUUUACUCUAGUACUUUCUACUAAUAUUUUCCAUGAGACUCGCCAUCUUUGUAUCACGUGAUACACGACAGUGCGUGUACUGUGCCGCUGACAAUGAACCACAGCGGUGACUGUGAUAAGUGAUUCGCGUAAACCCAUUCUCAGAUUGCUCAACACGAGUAUAUAGUGGCAGUGGAGAAAGAUAGCACAUCGGCCGCUGAUAGAAGGAGCAUCUCUUGAUGAUUCGCGCUUUACGUGAGCCUCAGGCAAGCCGGAGUAGCUCGCAAUUAUGUUCGAUGUACCGCAGAAGUUCUAUGAGCUGUGUCGCCUUUGUUUAUCCCCGGACGGUGUCAAAUGUUCCAUAUUCGAGGAGGAGGGCAUUCAGCGAAGUUUCGCCGAAAAGAUAUUAGCAUGCUUGUCAAUCACAGUAAAAGAUGGCGAUACUUUACCAUCAAUUAUCUGCCAUCGGUGUGUAUAUAAAUUGGAUGUACUGCACAACUUUCGAGAAGUGUCGCAAAAGUCUGACAUUAUACUUAAACAGUACCUGGAUUAUGCCAAGCAAUUGUCAUUUUCUGAUGAGCAGAAAGAGACUCUCUCCACUGCCAAAGUAGUAGGUGAAAGCCCUCUACAAUCAUUCCUCGAAUUGAAUAGGACAUUAUUCAAUGAGGAGUCUAACUCCGAGCCGGCCAGCAUUAAUCAAAACAUAAUACCUCAAACUCUAACGCAUCAUCUACAAUUACAAAACAAUGAUAUGCAAGAACAUGAAAAUAUUAAGUGCGAACCAGAGGAUGAUACAUGUUCUAACAGCUCCGAUCCUGAACGAUUAGAAAUUGAGGAUCGUGACGAACAAGAAAUUGAAAGUGAAGAAAAUGGUUAUGACAUGACUGUUAACAAGAGAAUUAAAAUUGAGGACAAUUAUGAUGGCUCCGAAUCUAACACAGCAAAUUGUAGUCCAGUUAAUAGAAUGGAUACUCCAGAGAGUAAUUGUUCUGAUAGUAACAUUGACCAUGAAACGACAAAGCUGUGGCAAGCUUUAGCUAGUAAUAGAAGUUUGGAAAUCACACAAACAAAUGGUGAUAAGUUAAACAAUGGAUUUACCGGCGAAGCCACAAAUCUGUUACGUUCUUUGAUUAACAACAGGCAGAUUGGUAUCACCGCUAUUGAUUCAGAUAAAAUAUCUCCGCAAAUUAAAUUCUAUAGGGAUACUCAGGGUACAACUAUCGAACGUACGCGUACCGAUUUUCCUGUGCUUGGUAAUCGUACGAAUAUAGCUACUUUAGAAAAUAAGAGUGCCUCGAUAGAUAGUAAUCCAUCUAGCCCUGCCAGUAUCGGUCGUAAGGAAAUGACAAUAGCGACGAAAGGUCGUAGAAAGCAAAGCUACCCCAGUAAGGCUCCAGCGAGUCCGGAUCUUGUCGCCAAUUACCAACAUGAACCCAACAAUGAAGAGCAAGCUCAUGAUUUUACUACAUGGUCGAACAAAAUUAAAGGAAAGAUAGACGAUCAAAAACAAUUCGAUCAGCAAAGUGGCAACAUUGCAAAGAAAAUCGACAUGUCUUGCACAAAUUGUGGUACUAUGACAACAACCAUCUGGAGAAGGAAUAUGAAGGGUGAGAUGGUGUGCAAUGCUUGCGGGCUGUAUUACAAACUUCAUGGUGUUAAUCGUCCUGUUACUAUGCGACGAGAUACUAUACAUACUCGCAGACGUAGACCCAAAGGCGAGACACCAACGAGACACAGAAAAAGAUUAAUAACCUUGUCAGAAAAAGGGGACGCAAUCUUAGCAUCUCAAUCAACAACGGAACAAAUGGAUGCCGAGAGUGCAGACAUGUUGGCGGCUCUUCGACGACAAAUUCAACCUCAUCUGAUGAUGGCAGCGUUGACGCCUGCACAAAUAUCCAGUGGUCAUCCGCCUCCGCCUCCCACUUACUCAAUACCUUUGCCUAGUUACAUGAUUCAUCAACAUACGAAAGCCGAAGAGCGUGUACAACGGCAUCUAUCUAUGGAUACUGAAGAAACGGAUGAAGGUGACGAGGAAAAUGUUUCUGAUGUUCCUUUGAAUUUGGUGGCGACUUCACUUUCAGAGGAGACCCACUAAGAAAAAUCUUGGGUUUAUCAUCUAGGUAUGCUAACGAAAAUUUUCUAAGACGGUAUAGCUGUUUUUCGGUGACGUAUGUUCACUCUGAAUGAACGUCCAUAUCUUGGCAAACUUUCCCAGUACUUUUCCUCGAAAAAUUAUUUAUACCGAGGAUUAUGACGUUCCGCGAAAGAUAGUCGGCAAACUUACGCCGCGACACAGCGUGCAUAAUGGAACGAGAUGAUAUUAAUUACGCAGUAUUAAUUAUUCAAGAUGUACAUAUAAACACUCACACAUAAACACAUAGAAAGAAAGAAAGAAAGAGAGAGAGAGAGAGAGAGAAACACACAAGUACACAUACACAUGUACACAAAGCACAGAUAAGCACACGUAAAAACAUUACAUACAAGAAAAUAUUUUUAUACAAAAUUUUAUAUGCUCAUAAACUUGUAUAUAUUAUAUAUACGUGCCGCGAAUUCAAUUGUGCCGCGAAAUCAACCGUGCCGCUCGGAAGUGCUCGUCGUCGUCGUCGUCAUCAUCAUCUUGUUUUACAUGAGUAUCUUUUUCGAUUGGUAAUCUUACAGUGAUGCCAAAAAAAAGCGGUAAUGUCGUAUUUUCUUUAAUGACGUACCUGCAACGUCGUUAUGGCUUUCGACAUUCAAUCAUGUUACUCCAAAUUAAACAAAAAUUCUUUUGAAAUUUUAAACACAUUGCGCGCGAUAAAUGUUAAUAUUUUUUAAUUUUAUCUUAACAGGAUUAACAAGGCGGAAUACUAUUUAUG